CCAAUCUCAACAUAUACAACAAUCAGACAACACGAUGCCAAUUUUUGAACCCAUCAAAGAUGCCAUACUAUAUACAUGGCACACCAACUCCACCCUGCGCUUCUGCUGUAAACUCGUCACUUGCCCUCUCUUUGGUCUGUGUUAUUGGAUCAGAUACAUAGGACCCAUCACCUUCCAUAAGUGCCCAGGGCCUCCCGCUCCGCCUAGAAGACAGCAUGCCUUGGCUAACAUCGAAUAUCGGAGACGCGUGCGUCGUUUGAAGAAAAGAAAGCGCAGUGUUUCGGUUGAUAGGACCCGGGGGCUAUGGAGGAAGAAUGCGGAAGAUCAAUCGCAGAGUCCGUUCCUUGCUAAACUGCCCGCGGAGUUGAGGUUGAAGAUUUAUGAGAUGGUGCUCUGUGAACAGGAAGAGGUGGGGUUAAGCUAUGAUUGCUACAAAUAUUGGGACUGUUGGGAGGUAAAGGCGGCGUCGGGUUGCAACACCAAGAUGCUGAGAACUUGCAAGAAAAUGUACCGCGAGGCCAUUCCGCUCCUCUACUCUCAGAACACGUUCAAAUUCGAAGGUUACAAGGUACUGUCGAUCUUUACGUCGACAAUCCUUCCGCAACGCCUCGCUUCGAUCCGAAAUAUCGUUAUCGAUGAUACACACAUGUGGUCUCGGUCCGGUGAUACUGGUCAUUUCAGGCACUACGAGGACCUUCUUGCGUCGCUUGGGGGUAUCGCAGAUCUUGGAGAGGUGGUACUGAGGUACCGUCUACGCGAGAAUAAAUACAGACUAAUUCCCCGCUUACAUGAAUUUGCGCUCCUUGAAAAGUGGGAGAAAGAGGAGAGGCCAAGAGGGUAUGAGAUGUUUUAUGAGAUGUUGGAUGUUCACCCUGGGCCGAAGAUUGAUGGUAUGUUGUUUGAUCGGUGGGUUAUUGGUGAGAGGAAGAGUAUAUGCAGGGUGGAUUCAAAUGAAGACGUCGAAUAAAUACUUUCGUAAGUAUCAGGAAAGACGAGGAAGUAAAGACAUACUGAGAAUAUGUAAUUAGAC